AUGGCAUCGAGUUCUCUGAAUGUUCUACAAUCUCAGACUCAACUGCCUAAGUUAAAUGGGAGGAACUACUUUCAUUGGAGUAUCCAGAUGAAAGUUAUGUUCGAAUCUCAAGACUUAUGGCAGAUUAUUGAAGAAGGAYUGAUAGUACCCGAGAAUCCUACUGCUUUAACCGCACCACAUAUGAGUGCACUGAACGAAGCAAAGAAAAAGGAAAAGAAGGCUUUGUUUCUGAUUUAUCAAGCAGUAGAUGAACAUAUAUUUGAAAGGAUCUCUCUAUCACAGACGGCCAAGGAAGCCUGGGAAUUGCUGUUCAAAUCAUACAGAGGGGAAGAGAAAGUAAAAAYAGUUAGACUUCAAACCUUAAGAUGCGAAUUUGAUAGCCUUAAGAUGAAGGAGACAGAGACAGUUGAGGAAUAUUACACGAAAGUAAUUGUGUUGGUAAAUCAGAUGAGACUGAAUGGUGAGAGUAUUAAUGAUAGACGAAUUGUAGAGAAAAUACUUCGUAGCCUUACACGCAAGUUUGAAUAUGUGGUGGUUGCCAUAGAAGAAUCAAAGGACUUGGAAGAMUUCUCUCUGGAAACAUUAUUAGGGACCCUGCAAUCCCAUGAAUUACGCAUGAAACAGUUCGACACUACAGUAAUGGAACAUGCCUUUCAAGCACAGUCUUCGUGGGAAGUAGGCACAAGUGACAGGCAAAAGAAAGUGGAUGCACAUAGAGAAGAUCAGAAUUAUACAGUCUCCAAAGGCAAAGGAAAAAGUAGACCAUUCUCUCAAAUUAAAUGUUAUUACUGUGAUAAUUUAGGACACACAAUUAAAGUUUGUAGAAAAAGGUUGGCAGAAGAAAAUAGAGCAUCAAACUUUAUGCACAAAGAAGACAGUCAUACUGAUGACACAAUGUUUAUGAUACUUAAUAUGCAAGAACCCACUCUUAGUGAACUUUGGUAUUUAGACAGUGGUUGUAGCAACCACACGACAGGAAACAAAGAAUUGUUUCUUACUUUAGAAGAGUCAGAAAAGAAGGAUGUAAGGACUGGAGAUGAUAAAAAAUUAAGUGUGCAGGGAAAUGGAGAUAUUGCCAUCAAAAUUAAGGAUAAGGAUAAAAAAAUUUCAAACGUGUUUUAUGUUCCCGGCCUUAAAACAUAA